AUGAAAGCUGUUGACGUGCUCGCAUUGGGACUCUGUGCCGCGCUGACCAUGGCAACUGUUCCCAUCACGGUCACAACGACAGUGACGGAAUGCGCUGCCUCAUGCUAUUCCACUGGCUACGCGACUACCGGCAUUCCUGCGUACUCGACACCGCCCCCCUGGUACAUGACCCCGGAUCCGGUGAAAUCGCCCGACUCACCCGUGACGACUGGUUACGGACCGUCCGCGCAGGAUCCAAACGCUUCAUCCACCAAAGACUCGAGCUCGUCCUCGGGAGGCAGCACUUCGAAUGUAUAUUCUCCCACGCCCCAGCCGUAUUCGGAGACUACGCCUCCCUCCUAUGACGGCACGGAAACUCCGACGUACCAAAGCCCAUCUGGGACCGCGAGCUCAACCUAUACACAGGAAUCCCCGACACCAUCCGCGCCGAGCACUCCGUCAAGCUACGUAUAUCCAUCGCCGUCGUCCGAGUCCAGCGCCGAGGCUACGGAAACGUCUCUGCAAACCACCACGCCCACUACGUUAGCCACCAGUACUAGGGAACGAGGCAGCAGCAGCAACGCAAGCGGUACACGAGGUCCGCCUCCAGUGUAUGAAACACCCACCGACGAGCCACCUUCUUAUGAUGAUCCUCCCUCCUACACUGAUCCUCCUUCGUAUGGAGAGGCGGGGCUUUAG